UGAGCGACAGGAAGUUUAAGGUGGUGGGGGGAUUAAUGAAAGUCCCUGAGAGAGAGUUAAUGGGCGACAUUUUGUUGCGCGAGAGCACCGAACCGUCGCUUCCAGUGCACGUGAAUAUCGAAAAGCUGCUCAGGACAGAAGAUGGACAGUACACGGACAUGGAGGACAGAGACGAUGUCGCCCAGAAAAGACAGUUAGCCAACGCCAAGGAGCGGCUCCGGGUACGGAGUCUGAACAGCAUGUUCUCCUAUCUGAGGCGCAUCGUGCCGUUGAUUCCCCGAGACCGCAAGCCCAGUAAAGUGGACAUUCUGAAGGCGGCGACCGAGUACAUCCGCCUGCUGUCCUCCGUGCUCAGCGACACCUCGGCGCACAGCAACGGAGCGUCGAGUGAGCUGCUGGAGAACAUGAGCAAGUAUUCGUUCUCAGACGACAGGUGCGCUGACCUGUGGAGUGUGGAUGACGUGCUUGACUCUCUGUCCAAUCCGUCUUUACUGGUCACGGCUCCGUCCGGCGCUGAAGAGGAGGACGAGGUCGAUCUGAGCAACAUGACCGUGCAGUGUGCCGUCCCCGUCUACAUCAUACAGGUCGGCUCUGACCACACGCUGGUAAGGAGUUUGCUGAAGUUGCAGUAACAUACACACGUGCUUGCCUGUCGUACUCCGGUUCCCGAUAACCUUAGAGAGAGAAAAAAAAUCAUAAUAGUACACUUUUAAAGGUGCGGUUUAUAAUUUUUCAAAGGUUUCUAGCUCUAUAAUUGUGGCGUUAGAAAACAAGUUAGCAUUAGUUAGUAAGUUCUAUUUCUCAAUAUCGCCUUACAAUGGAUCUCGCUGAUUUCUCAGUUUCAGGUGCCUACUUUUAUUUUAUUCAUUUUUUAUUUAUUUAUUUUUCUCUCACCCUUUUUUUGGCCCAGAAAUUAGCUCCACCCACCAGCCGGAGCAAAGUUACCCUGUUUCCUUAAAAGGCAAUUCGUAAGAUACUGUGUGUGUGUAUAGCAUGCUUCUGAUUCAUCUCUCAUUCCAUACAGAGGAGUUUUUACUAGAGACGCCAGAGUCCAAUACCCAGGGUUGGUAGCUGGAUCAGAUAUCGGGGGGGUGUAACUUUAAAAAUCGGAUAUCCUGUCGAAAAGAUAGGAAUUAGAGUUGGAAUUUAUUUAUUUAAUUUUUUUAAAAUUGGAAAUGUUUGAAAGUAAAGACACGUUUUUAGUUUUUGUGUUUUUUUUAGGAUUGGGUUUUAAUCAUUUAUCAUUGUUUAAUUUAUUAUGUGUAUAAUAUUUUCCAUGUGAGUGAUUUUUGUAUGAAAGCUGCGAAUUUGUAGAAGUCAUGUUUGUGUGGGGGGGGGGACCUCAGUUGAAAGCUUGGUAGUUUUCUAAGACGCAGUAUAGAGUAUCGGUAUCGACCGGUACUGAAAGUUUGGGUAGAGUAUUGGUAAAGAGCAAGCGGUAUCGUGCCAGCUGUAGUGUUUAACACCUUGCGGUUUCUCAGUAACAUGCCCAUGUGUUUAGAUUUAUUAUUUUAGCCUUAUUAACUUUGAGAGAGAGAG